AUGGCGUCUUUCAGAAGCAUUGUGGUCACAGGAGGAGCCUCCGGAAUCGGGCUAGGGAUAACAAAGCACUUUAUCACGGAGGAAAACACCCAUAUCACAAUUUUAGACAUUAAUCCCACAACUGGCACGCUGGCAUUGGACAAACUUCGUUCCGAAUUUCCAAAUGCGGGCGUGUCAUUCGAGGAAUGCGACGUAUCUUCUUGGGAGAGCCAAGCUGCAGUAUUCGAAAAGAUAUACAACCAGCAAGGCCGAAUUGAUAUCGUCUUCGCAAAUGCGGGUAUCAACGAAAAAGGCAGCUUGUUGCCUUCCAAAAGCGAAAGCGGAGGGCCUAUUAAACCAGAACUCACCACUUUGAAUGUCAAUUUAAUUGGAUGCAUAUAUUCUGUACAACUUGGAAUUCACUACAUUGCCAAAAACGAAAUAAGCGGUUCAUCGAGAGGAAUUAUUAUGUGCACUGCUUCUAAUGCAGGACUAUAUCCAUUCCCUAUGGCGCCACUUUACGCAGCCACCAAACAUGGAGUGGUCGGGCUGGUUCGAUCGCUCUCGAGAACACUUGCAACAAAGAAAAUUCGGAUCAAUGGAUUGGCUCCUGCCGUUAUUGAAACAAAUAUUGCUCCUAGUUCUGAUUUGUUUAAGUCGAUGAUACUCACUCCCAUGUCUACCGCGACAACCGCUGUUGCCAAUCUUGUAGAUGAUACGUCAUUGACAGGCAAAAUCGCGGAAUUACAUGGUGAGAGUAUCACAUUCGCAGAGGCACCCCCAUAUGUGGAUGAAGAUACAGGGAAGAAUAUUGAGAAUUUUUGGAAUUUAGGUUAUUCCUAG